AUGGCUACAUCACUAGGACACCGAGCCCCACUCAAGGACUAUGGUGGGGAUGGUGGCGAAAUGCCUUCUCGGCCAGAUAUUAGCGUAUUCUACCAUCUCCAAAAACAACUAUAUCGUCUCGCUAUUCUCGCGUUGAUGGAGGAUAUAUAUCGCAGCAACGAUGAGGAAAUUCAGGAGCUACGCCAGUUCAUCCAGGAGUCGAACAGCCUGUCUGAAGCCGUACAAGAGGCUUUGGAACUUGGAUACUGUUGA